AUGGCUGAGCUCGACGAGAUUCUCCGAAAAUACACCGAUCCUGCGACGGGUAGCGUGCACGGCGCCACCUUCAUCGCCGUCGACAGUGCAGGCAAUACCCUUUACCGCGGCUCGUCCGGGGGUCGAACCGUCGACAGAUCGGAUCCACUGACACCAGAAACCCUGACAUGGAUCGCCAGCCAGAGCAAGCUUGUGACUUCUGUCGCGGUGAUGCAGCUAGUUGAGAAAGGCCUCAUUGGUCUGGACGACGACGUGCGCCAAGUGCUCCCGGUGUUGAAGGACGUGAAAGUCCUCCUUGGCUUCGAAGGAGAUGACCAAGCGCCCAUCCUGGAAGACGUCAAGGGGAAGAUCACUCUACGACAGCUCAUGUCCCACACAUCGGGGUUCUGCUAUGACCUAAGCAGUCCGCUGCUCAUGAAAUGGUCAGCUGCGAUGGGGAGAACAGAUAACAUGUUCAGUGGCAAGAUUGAAGGCUCAUUACAUCCAUUGCUCUAUCAACCAGGUGAAUCAUGGAUGUAUAGCGAUGGCCUUGACUGGGCUGGACAAGUGGUCGAGGCUCUCACGAAACAAAACCUCGACACGUACAUGCAAGAAAACAUCUGGGGCCCACUCGGGGCCAAGUCGACGACCUUCUACCCGACCAAGCACUUCGACCCGGAGCCCAUGCCGGCGUUGCACGAGACAGCGCAACGCACCGACCCGGCGGAAACCGGGAAAGCGGUCGCCUCGAAGCCCGCGACGUCGCUGUGGCCGUUGUCGCCGCGCGACGCGAUCGGCGGCGCGGGCCUCUACAGCACCGCGGACGACUACAUCAAGCUCCUAGGCUGCCUGCUUCGUGGGGGUGGCCCGCUUCUCAAAACGGAGAGCGUGGACGAGAUGUUCCGCCCACAGAUCGGCAAGCUCAGCACCGAGGCGUUCCACACCACCGUCCGGAACAGCGGGCGCGACCGCCUGUGGUCUUCGUCGACCGCCAGCGCCGCCGCCACGGCCGCCACGGCCGCCGCCACCGACGGCUCCGCCAAGGAACAAGGCUCCGUCCCCGCGGGCCACUCCCUUGCCGGGGCCGUGAACCUCGAGGACGUCCCCGGCCGCAGACAGAGCGGCACCGUCAAUUGGGGCGGCUUGCCUAACUUGUUCUGGUGGGUCGACCGCAAGGGCGGCAUGGCUGGCACGUUGUUCAACCAGAUCGUCCCCGCCGGCGAUCCCUUGUGCAUGGAGUUGCUCGUCGAGUUGGAGGAGGCGGCGUAUAAACUGAAAGCGCAGAAGGGUUAG